AUGAACCAUAAUCUCCGUUCACACAACCAAACAAGCACAUCCACUCGCGCUGCAUCCACAACAGCAACACCACCACCCAACCCAACAAUCCACUCAAUAUUCGAAAAAUCCUCGGGGACAUGGCAAUACCUAAUCUCGGACCCCAAAACCAACCAAGCAGUCAUAAUUGAUCCAGUCCUGAACUACGACCCUGCAACCCAAGCCAUAACAACAGAAGCAGCAGACGCAAUCCUAUCAAAAAUCAAAGAAAAGGGCUACAAAAUCGACAAAAUCCUCGAAACACACGCCCAUGCCGACCACCUCAGUGCAGCAGCCUAUCUCCAAGCCCGUCUUGCCAAAGAGCAAGACCUGAAACCGCCUGUAUGUAUUGGCAAACGCAUCGAACAGGUCCAGACUCUGUUCGCCAAGCGGUAUGGCGUACCAGAGGCAGAAUACGUCCGCGUGUUCGAUAGACUCUUCGAUGACGAUGAGGUAUUUUCGAUUGGGGAGGUGAGUGCGAAGGCUGUGCAUCUUCCUGGACAUACGCCGGACCAUUUGGGAUAUAUGAUUGGCGAAAACCUCUUCUGUGGCGAUAGCCUGUUCCACAUAGAUAUAGGCACUGCCCGCUGCGACUUUCCUGGUGGCUCGGCGCGAGAUCUGUACGCUUCAGGGCGUAAAUUGCUCGCGUUGCCGGAUCACUAUAGGAUCUGGACGGGUCAUGAUUACCCGCCUGAAGGACGGAGCGAGCCUGUGCCUUGGAUGAGUGUGCGGGAUCAUAAGAGGUUGAAUAAGCAUCUGAAGGAGGGGAUUUCGGAGGAAGAGUUUGUUGCUUUGAGGAGAGAGAGGGACAAGGGUCUGAAGGCUCCUAGGUUGUUGCAUCAGUCUUUGCAGGUUAAUAUUCGGGCUGGGAGGUUGCCUGGUGUUGAGGAGUCUGGGUUCAGGUUUUUGCACGUUCCUUUGGUUGUUAGGGAGUGGUAG